UAGUUGUUGUUUGUUGGAAGUGAGAAACUCACCAAACAAAAUCUUCUUUCUUUCUUCUACAAUACUUCUUGUUCUAUAACUAACCAAAGCGCCCUUUCAAAAGGAAAUGGAUAGAAUUAACUCAAAGCUCUACUUGCAAAAUUGCUACAUAAUGGCUGAAAAUGAAAGGCUAAGGAAAAAAGCAGAGUUAUUGAAUCAAGAAAAUCAACAACUUUUGAGUGAACUCAAACAUAGGCUAUCACAAGCUGGCCCUAGCAGCAACAACAACAACAACAAUGGAGGAGGAAAAAACAACUCAAUUCCUGAUCUCAAUCUCUCAAAUUGCUCUUCAUCCAAGAAUGCCUCAUCAAAAUCCAAGAAAAAGUGAAAAAAAAAAUCAAGAAAAGAUCAAGGGGUCCACCUAGUCAUUGAACUAGUAUUAUGUUUCUUUUUUAUUUUUAUUUUGGGGGUGUUAAAUAUUAUUAGUAUUAUAGUAAGGGGGUCAAAAAGUAGGGAAGUUAUGGUUGUUGGUGUUUUUUUUUUUUUUUUUUAAAUUUUGGUGGUUUUUAGUUAUAUAAGGAAGAAGAAUAGGUAGGUUGAAUUAAGGAAUAUAUGUUUUUUGUUUUAGUAUGUGGGGUUAGUUCUAUUUUGGAGCUAAGAAGUUGUAAUCAAAUCUAUUAGCUAUAAAAAGAAAUAUAAAAUAUGGUUCCUUUAUAUAUUUUCUCUCUUUAAUUAUCCUUUUUGUUUCAUAUUUUAGUGCCUGAAUUAGCCCAAUAUCACAAAAG